AUGUUUCAUGGAGUUCGCGAUAUUGAAGGAAUGCUUCGAACGUACGUGCAUGCCGAUUUAUGGACGGCGAACAUUCUCUGGAAAGGUGACGAUCUUGCAGCGAUAAUCGACUGGUCACUGUGCCAUCCAGGAUCACUGACAGAGGAUCUUCAACGAGUUCUGGUCACAGGCUGCAGCACUGAGCGACGGAAACGAAUGACUCAACCCUUACUGGAGUACUAUUUCGACAAGAUGCAGAUGAAAAUGAAAGAGAAAAGCUUGAAAAUGCCGUUCACUUUCGAAGAUUUGAAGGAAGACUACCAUAGAACACUGCCGUUUACUUCUGGACAAACGGUAUUCGCAGCGGGUCUCUGGCUACAAACUGGUGUCCUUCGGAAAGGCCGAUCAGAUGACGACGCACGUGUCCGAGAGAUGAUGGUCAGACUUCACAGUAUAGUCGAAGAAACAGUGCUUUCACACAAAUGGCUACCUGCUAAGAAUUCUGAGCUUCACCUUACUCUGUCACAAUAA